AUGACUGCGCGCAUUCUGGUGGUUGACGACAUCCCGGCCAAUGUGAAGCUGCUCGAAGCCCGCCUUAUGGCCGAGUAUUUCGAGGUGCUGACCGCUGCCGAUGGGAUGUCCGCCCUUUCGAUUUGCGACCAGACUCCGGUUGAUCUGAUUCUGCUCGACAUCAUGAUGCCCGGCAUCGACGGGUUUGAAGUCUGUGAACGGCUCAAGAACAAUCCCCGCACCGCCCAUAUUCCUGUCGUCAUGGUAACGGCACUUGACCAGCCCGCCGACCGUGUGCGCGGGCUCAAGGCCGGAGCUGACGAUUUUCUGACCAAGCCGGUCAAUGACUUGCAGCUGAUGACCCGGGUCAAGAGCCUGAUACGGUUCAAGGCGCUCAGUGACGAAUUGCGGCUGCGGGCCGAGACUGCGCGCAGCAUUGGCCUGGAAGCCCUUCUGGCGCCACACCAGGGCAAGCUGGAGGAGCCGGGCAUGGUGUUGCUGGUGGAAAGCCGCGCCAACACGCAAGAGCGCAUGUCGCGCGCUCUGACCGGCAUUGCCGAAAUCACCGCGAUCGCCGAUCCGCAGGCCGCCCUGUUCGAGGCAGCCGACAAGCCCUACGAGCUGGUCAUCGUGUCAUCGUCGCUGGAAGACUAUGACCCCCUGCGACUGUGUUCGCAGCUGCGCUCGCUCGAGCGAACCCGUUUCAUUCCGAUGCUGGUGGUCGCCGAGCAGGGCGAGGAGGAUAUGGUGAUCCGCGCGUUGGAACUGGGCGUCAACGACUACCUCUUGCGACCGCUCGAUCCCAAUGAAUUGCUUGCCCGCAGCGUCACCCAGAUCCGCCGCAAGCGCUAUUCCGACAAGCUGCGGGCCAGUCUCACCGAAUCGGUCGAGUUCGCUGUCACCGAUGCGCUGACCGGCCUCAACAACCGCCGUUACCUCGACACCCAUCUGGCGACCCUGGUCGACCGGUCUAACCGGCGCGGGCGUCCCUUGUCCGUGUUGAUCACCGACAUCGAUCAUUUCAAGGCCAUUAAUGAUACCCAUGGCCACGAGGGCGGGGACGACGUUUUGCGCGACUUCGCCCGCAGGGUGCGCGGCGCUGUCCGUGGCGCUGACCUCGCCUGCCGUUAUGGCGGCGAGGAGUUCGUCGUGGUGAUGCCGGACACAACAUCUGAAAUCGCCGCGCAAGUGGCCGAGCGGUUGCGCGAAGCGGUGGCUGCUGCACCGUUCAGGAUCUCGGCAACCGGGACAGCUGCGCCAGUAACCACCUCGGUCGGUAUCGCAACGCUUGAGGCCGACGGAGAAGGGGCGGACUCUUUGCUUCGCCGCGCGGACAAGGCGCUGUAUCAGGCCAAGAACAACGGCCGGAACAGGGUCGUUGGACAGGCUGCCUGA